UUUAUCUUCGUUCCAUUAGGGGACUUGAUCUCCUAACCAUGGAAGGGAAUAAUCCAGAGUCUUUGAGAAUGGCUGUCUCAACAAGGUCAAAUGGUUGGAUAUGUUUACUUAUUUUUUCAUUUGUUAUAAGUGUGCAAUAUGUAAACUCCGAUCCUAUUCCCCAACCUGCUGUCCAGAGUGUUGAUGAUAUUAUUCCCAAAACUAUUAUCCAGAAUGCCACUGAGAAAGGAGCUGUUUGUUUGGAUGGGAGUCCAGCAGCCUAUCAUUUCGCUCCCGGAAAAGGUGAAGACGCACGCAAUUGGAUGAUUUACCUUCAAGGAGGAGGGUGGUGCAUGAGUAAUGGCACAUAUUCUACUCACGACCUCUCUGUUGAGAGUUGUCCGAACCGUGCGACCCGUGAUAUGGGUUCUAGUCUCCACAUGAAACCUCUCCAACUUAAAGGCAUUUUCGGUGAUGUUCAAGCAGCGACUUAUUUUUAUACAUGGACCCGAGUUAUUGUCCGGUAUUGUGAUGGAGGAUCAUUUGCGGGAAAUGUUGACAAACCUGAUCCGGUCACUAAACUCUACUAUAGAGGUGCAAGGAUUUUCCAAGUGGUUGUGGAUGAGUUAAUGACAAAGGGAUUGAAAGAUGCCAAAAAUGUCAUUUUUGCCGGCGGUUCAGCGGGUGGAUUAGGCGUGUUGGUACACUGUGAUCGCUUUACUAGUCUAUUCCCAAAAGGCGUUAGAGUAAAAUGCCUUUCAGAUAGUUCUCUCUUUCUUAUCGUGAAAGAUCCCCAGCAUGCAAAAUUCUUUAAGGCUAUUUUUAGCGAUGUAGUUGCUCUGCAUCAACCAACCAAGGCAUUACCUGCAGAGUGCAUUUCAAAAAUGAGUCCAUUUGAGUGCUUCCAACCAAAAAAUUUGGUGCAAUAUGUAAAAUCCCCCCUAUUUAUUUUCCAAUCAGAAUUUGAUUCAUUUCAGGUGCAAAAUACUUUCUCGAUGGAUUUGUACAAAGCCAUUAAGGAAAAUAUAUCAUAUGUUAGCCCAAGUGAUAUGGCUCUGCUACAAGAUUUCAAACAACAAAUAGUAAGUGCAUUGCCACAACCAAGUGCCACCAAAGGAUAUAUACUUACUUCUAUGUUCGGUCAUAGCUUUGCUUCUGACAGCUAUAAGACGAAAUUAACGUUUGGAGAUGGGAAGUCAAAGAGCAUUGAGAGCCAAUUCUACGCUUGGUACUUUGACAAGGAUUUUGUCAAUUUCAUAGACCCAAGCAACGUGCCAUAUAUGAAGUGAAUGAAAUAUUUGUGAUCUCUUCAUUGUACAUUGAUAAAUAUAAUAUAAUUACUUUUUAUUCACUAUAUA